GUUGACAUGUUUUCUUACUGCUGAGGCUUCCGACACCUUCUCCCCGGCCCCCCCUCCCGGCCAGAGCUUGGCCUGAGCUGUCAAAACCCCGCCCCCGGAGACCCACAAUUGGUCCAAAAAGCGUAAAAUCAGCAAUCAAGGGGGGCCUGGCUCGUUAGCGCAGGGGAUCCGAGCAGGGCAGGACAUGUGAGAUAGUCACAGUUUUCCAGAGAUCACGACAAGAUCUAACCAGUCGCGCGUGGUCCCCGGCGCCGGAGCCGGCCAGCCCAGCCCAGCCUCGUACAGAGCCCCCUCCGCCCCCGCGCCCCAAGCCCCCCGCGCCCCUUGAGGUGCGCGCGGGAUUGGGAGCCGGGAGGAGCCGCUGCCGCGCCGGCCGCCCCGGCCGUCCGUCCUCCGCGCGCGCCGCCGCCCGGGCCGGGGGUCCGAGCCGCGCGCCCCCGGCCCUGGCCCCCGAGCGCCUGGGCCGGAUGUCCCGAUGAGAGAGCCGGCGCUGGCAGCCAGCGCCAUGGCUUACCACCCGUUCCACGCGCCACGGCCCGCCGACUUCCCCAUGUCCGCCUUCCUGGCGGCAGCGCAACCUUCCUUCUUCCCGGCGCUCGCGCUGCCGCCCAGCGCGCUGGCCAAGCCUCUGCCUGACCCGGGCCUGGCGGGGGCGGCGGCCGCGGCCGCAGCGGCAGCAGCAGCGGCCGAGGCGGGGCUGCACGUCUCGGCCCUCGGCCCGCACCCGCCCGCCGCGCAUCUGCGCUCACUCAAGAGCCUGGAGCCCGAGGACGAGGUGGAGGACGACCCCAAGGUGACGCUGGAGGCCAAGGAGCUGUGGGACCAGUUCCACAAGCUGGGCACGGAGAUGGUCAUCACCAAGUCGGGGAGGCGGAUGUUCCCCCCUUUCAAGGUGAGAGUCAGCGGCCUGGACAAGAAGGCCAAGUACAUUUUGCUGAUGGACAUUGUGGCUGCUGAUGAUUGCCGCUACAAGUUCCACAACUCCCGCUGGAUGGUGGCUGGCAAGGCCGACCCAGAGAUGCCCAAACGCAUGUACAUUCACCCGGACAGUCCCGCCACGGGGGAGCAGUGGAUGGCCAAGCCGGUGGCUUUCCAUAAGCUGAAGCUGACCAACAACAUCUCCGACAAGCAUGGCUUUACGAUCCUGAACUCCAUGCACAAGUACCAGCCACGCUUUCACAUCGUUCGAGCUAACGACAUCUUGAAGCUGCCCUACAGCACCUUCCGCACCUAUGUGUUCCCUGAGACCGACUUCAUUGCUGUCACUGCCUACCAGAACGACAAGAUUACACAGCUGAAGAUCGACAACAACCCGUUUGCCAAGGGGUUCCGGGACACAGGGAAUGGCCGUCGGGAAAAAAGGAAGCAGCUCACGCUGCCCACCCUGCGCCUGUACGAGGAGCACUGCAAGCCGGAGCGCGACGGCGCCGAGUCGGACGCCUCGUCCUGCGACCCUCCACCUGCGCGGGAACCGCCGCCCUCGCCGGGCGCGGCGCCCAGUCCCCUGCGCCUGCACCGGGCCCGAGCCGAGGACAAGCCCUGCGCCGCAGACAGCGACCCCGAGCCCGAGCGGCUGAGCGACGAGCGCGCCAGCGCGGCUCUAGGCCGUAGCCCGACGGGGGACAGCACCAGCCCCCCUCGAUUGGCCGAACCCGAACGCUCCCGGGAGCGGCGCAGUCCCGAGAGGGGCAAAGAAGCGGUGGAGAGCGGCGGGGACGGCCCGUUUGGGCUGCGGAGCCUGGAGAAGGAGCGCGCCGAAAGCAGGAGGAAGGACGAGGGGCGCAAGGAGGCGGCCGAGGCCAAGGAGCCGGGCUUGGCGCCACUGGUGGUUCAGACGGACAGUGCGUCCCCGCUGGGCGCGGGACACCUGCCCGGCCUGGCCUUCUCCAGCCACCUGCACGGCCAGCAGUUCUUUGGGCCUCUGGGAGCCGGCCAGCCGCUCUUCCUGCACCCAGGACAGUUCGCCAUGGGCCCGGGCGCCUUCUCGGCCAUGGGCAUGGGUCAUCUGCUGGCCUCGGUGGCAGGCGGUGGCGGCGGUGGCGGAGGCGCGGGGCCCGGGACGGCCGCGGGGCUGGACGCAGGCGGGCUGGGGCCCGGGGCCAGUGCAGCAAGCUCCGCCGCGCCCUUCCCGUUCCACCUCUCCCAGCACAUGCUGGCAUCUCAGGGAAUCCCGAUGCCCACGUUCGGAGGCCUCUUCCCCUACCCGUACACCUACAUGGCGGCCGCGGCCGCUGCCGCCGCCUCCGCCCUCAUUGUCCCCGGGGUCGCCAAUUAG